AUGGCUUCCAUUCGCGUGCUGUCGUUCGAUGCUGAGGGCCGCCCUGUGCGUUUCACCGCUUGGCUAGAUGACCUGCAGCUGUUUCUCCUGAGCGAUAGCAAGGAGCAUGUGUCGCUCUAUGACUACGCGUCUGGUGCUGCGCCUGCCCCUCCUGCCACAGCUGAGCUUAGUGUUCGUUCCCACUGGCAGACUCGUGACGCAGCUGCUCGCCUAGCCAUUCGCAGUCACCUGCCGUUAGCUGAGCUAGAGCAUUUUGGCGACUGCAAAUCCGCUAAGGCCCUGUACGACGCUGUCGUCGCUCGCUACUCCUCGCCUGCCACAGCCGAGCUUAGCCGCCUCAUGCUGCCGUACCUGUUCCCCGAUCUGUCCACCUUUACUACAGUCGCCGAUCUUAUCACCCACCUUCGCACUAGUGAUGCUCGCCUGCGUGCCGCCCUUCCCACCGAGUUCUGCGCUAAGAACCCCCCUCCACUGUACUGGACACUCCACUUCAUAGUCACCCGUCUCCCUGACACCCUCCGCUCAGUUCGAGACCACUUCCUUGCUCGCUGUCCCACUGAGCUCACAGUCGCCCUCCUAGAGGAGCACCUGCUCGCGGCCGAAAAGAGCAUUGUGGCUGUCGGUGCUGCUCGUGGCGCUCCUCGCACCCCCAUCUUUGAGGGGUGUUCUCCCUCUCCCCUCGCUCCCUCCUACGCUGCUGCUGCUGCUGUUGACUUCCUUGGUGCUGAGUCUGUUGGCGCUGCUUCUACUCCUGGUGGGAGGCGCCGCACCGGCAAGGGCAAGGGGGGCAAAAGUGGUGGUGGUGGCGCUGGUGGGGGAGGAGGUGGGGGAGGUGGGGGGGGAGGCGGUGCUGGAGGGAGCGGUGGCGGGAGCGCUGGUGGGAGUGGGGUCGGUGGUGGAGACGGGGGCGGCGGAGGGAGCAGUGGCAGUAGUGGCGGCGGCGGCGGUGGCGGCGGUGGCGGUGGUGGCGGUGGUGGCGGUGGCGGUCGGAGCGGUGGUAGUGGUGGCGGCGGAGGUCGGAGUGGAGGCACUGGCUCGGGCCAGAGCUCCCAGCAGCAGCAGCGUCCCCAGACGACCCAGCAGCUUCGUGAGUGGCUUGCUCAGCGUGGGACGUCGGGGGCCAGUGCCCGCUGUUCUUAUGUCAUUCGCACAGGUGACCGCAAGGGACAGACGUGUGGGAGGUUCCACACCCCGUACCGUUGCUUCUCCCGCCUUGACGACGCUUGGCGUGAGGAGAUGGGUGCGGAUGUUGAGCGCCCCCGCUGGGCUGAGCUCAUGAGGGCUGGUGUUGAUGUCUUUGCUCUUGACUACGAUGCUAUUAUUGCUGCCAUGUAUGCAUUGACUGUUAGUGCCGAGGGAGACUGUUACUUGUGUGUGCCGCCUGACCCAGGUAUAGAGCCCGCUGCCCUGGGUACUAGUGAGUCUGCUCUCUCUGGUAUGGUGCCCCCUGUACUUGCUCCCUCCAGUGCUGUCCCGGCUGGUUUCGAGUCUGCUCUCUCAGGUACAGCACCCACAGAGACUGCUCUCUCAGGUACCGCACCGGCUGAGGCCUGUCACACCUUCACCCUUGACUCAGGUGCUUCCCGUUGCUUCUUUCGUGACAGUACUGAGCUCACACCGCUUCCUGCACCGGUCCCAGUCUCCUUGGCUGACCCCUCUGGGGGCCCAGUCCUUGCCCAGUCCACCACUGUCCUCCCUUGUCCGGCGGUUCCGUCUGGCUCGUUGUCGGGUUUCCACCUCCCCUCGUUCUCGACGAACCUGGUGAGCAACGCUGUCCUCCAGGAUCAGUGGGUUGACACCUUUACCCCUGGCGGACAGCGUGUGGCGAUCUGCACGUGCUCCAGGACCGGCCGUCACCUGGCCACGUUCACCCGUCGGCCGGGGUCGAGUCUCUACACACUGACCACUGCGUCUCCCCAGGUAGCUGCUGUCGGUCAGGUGUCUGAGUCAGGUCUGGUGGCCCACGCCUGUGAGUGUCGUUCCCUGUCGCACCAGACUCUUCUCUGGCACCACCGCCUGGGUCACCCCUCCUUGCCACGCCUUCGUGGCAUGCACCGUCGCCUCCUUGUGUCCGGUCUUCCCAGGUCCCUCCCUCCCCUCCCUGCCUCGCCUGCGCCGCCUUGCCUUCCUUGCGUCGAGGGGCGGCAGCGCGCCGCUCCUCACUCCUCCUCGUUCCCCCCGACAGAGGCUCCUCUGGAGACCCUCCACAUGGACGUGUGGGGCCCAGCCCGCGUUCGUGGUCAGGGCGGUGAGCGGUAUUUUUUGCUGGUUGUCGACGACUACUCGCGUUACACCACGGUCUUCCCCUUGCGCACCAAGGGUGAGGUCCCUGCUGUUCUGAUCCCUUGGAUCCGCACGGUUCGUCUCCAGCUCCGCCGCCGUUUCCGGACGGAUCUUCCUGUCCUGCGUCUGCACUCUGACAGAGGUGGUGAGUUUUCCUCCGACCUCUUGAGGACCUUCUGUCAGGCGGAGGGCAUCGAGCAGACCUUCACGCUUCCGGACUCCCCACAGCAGAAUGGGGUUGCUGAGCGUCGCAUUGGCCUGGUCAUGGAGGUCGCUCGUACCUCCUUGGUCCACGCGGCGGCUCCCCAUUUUCUGUGGCCGUUUGCUGUCCGGUACGCCGCGCAUCAGCUCAACCUCUGGCCCCGUGUCUCCUUGCCGGAGACCUCGCCCACACUGCGUUGGACGGGGGAGGUUGGCGAUGCGUCGCGCUUCCGGGUGUGGGGUGCUCGUGCCCUUGUCCGCGAUACGUCCGCGGACAAGCUCUCCUCCCGCACGCUUCCCUGUGUCUUCCUUGGCUUUGUCCCUGACGCGCCUGGCUGGCAGUUUUACCACCCCACCUCGCGCCGGGUCUUCGCCUCUCAGGAUGUCACCUUUGACGAGUCGGUCCCCUUUUACCGUCUCUUCCCCUACCGCACUGCCCCCCUCCCUCCCCCGCCACUUUUCCUUGCUCCUGGUCCCCCUCCGCUAGACCCCCUUCCCCCUCAGGGUCCUGCUCCUUCAGGUGUCUCUCAGGUAGACCCUCCUCCCGUCGCUGAGCCUGUCGAGGUCACAGGUGACUCAGGUGCUGCUGCGGGUGGUGCUGCUGGGAGUGCUGAGCCUGGGGGUGCUGAGCCUGGGGGUGCUGGGCCUGGGGGUGCUGGGGCUGCAGGUGCUGGGACUGAGGGUGCUGGAGCUGAGGGUACGGUGCCUGAGAGUACGGAGCCUGGGGGUGCUGCGCCUAGGGGUGCUGAGCCUGCGGGUGCGAGGCCUGGGGGUGCUGAGCCUGGGGGUGCUGCGACUGGGGGUGCUGAGCCUGCGGGUACUGAGCCUGCGGGUACUGAGCCUGGGGGUGCUGCUACUGAGCCUACGGAGCCUCGGGUUACUGCGUCUGGGGGUGCUCCGGUUCGGGGUGCUGAGCAGUCUCUCACACCGCAGCAGCUUCGCGACUGGUACGUCCGACGCUUUCGCCGUCCUAGUGGCUCGGCUGGAGUUUGGGGUGCUGGAGCUGCUCGUCCUGGGGUGACUGGAGCUGCUGGAGCUGGGGACUCUGGCGCUGGCGGUGCUAGCGGAGUUGGAGCUGCCGACUCUGGGGGUGGCGCUGCUGCUGGUGCUGCGGACCCACCUGGUGGAGCUGCUGCUGGUGCUGAGGAGUCGGACGGUGGAGCUGCUGCUGGAGCUGGGGACCCGGCCGGUGGAGCUGCUGCUGGUGCUGUGGACCCGGCCGCUGGAGUCCCUUCUGCUUCUGGAGACGCUGCGCGGCCGCGACCAGCGUCGUGA